ACUGCUGGGCUCCUCAGCUGUGUGUUCCUUCUGCAAAAUGUCUCUCUGCUAUUAAUAAAACUUUAAUAGAUUUGUAGUUUUUUAAAACUGUGACAGAUAACAAAAUAUACUUCUAUAUAUCCCCACCCAAGAAUUGUUAUUGAUUAGGAAUAUUUAUUUCCAUUUCUGUUGAAAUCAUCUAGGGCUCCCUUCCAGUCAGGCCCUUCAGGCUCUUUAUUGAUACUGCUUUUCUAAAUGCUGGCACUCAGCGAUUGCUUUGAGCUGCUCUGCUGACCGAGCACAUUUUGGGGGAGUUAUGUGUUCCUCCUUUUUUGCCAAGUAUUGUCUGGUUCCAAGGCCUUGGCUACGUUCGUUGCGCAGUGUCCCAUCACCCUGGGGGUGGACCGUCUCUGCCUACGCUGAGUCUGAGGGAAUCAGGCCAAGCACCUUGGUGGUUAGCCCUGCGUGUUUGUAACACCCAGACAUUCUGGUUCAAGUUCCUUGUAUCUGAUAAGAAAGUCAUAGCUAAGCAAAGUGUCUAUUUCUAUUAUUUUCUGAGUGAUGAUUUCCUUUGUCAACUUUUAACCUGCCACAGAAUUCACCUAAUGUCACUAAAAAGAAUGACUCUUCAUGAUUUGAGCAUACAUCUGUAUCCAUCACUAGUGCCUCGCUCUUUGUUUUCAAAGCACUUAACAUCCUCGAGUACGUUCUAUUUUAUUCUCCUAGUGACGAUCAUUUCGCACGAGGGUGCUGAGUUCCUGCGGCUCAGGAUCCUGUGGAGGAGUCCCGUUCACCAGGCUGGCAGCAGGGAUGCAUGCAUGGGGGAUGUAGUGCCUGUUUCUAUAAUAAUAUGUGUGAUCUUUUAGGAGUUGGUGGUCUUUGAGGAUGUGGCUAUUAAUUUCACAUGGGAAGGGGGGAUGUAGUGCCUGUUUCUAUAAUAAUAUGUGUGAUCUUUUAGGACUUGGUGGUCUUUGAGGAUGUGGCUAUUAAUUUCACACGGGAAGAGUGGGCAUUUCUGAACCUUGACCAGAGAAAGCUCUAUAAGGAUGUGAUGCUAGAAACUUUGCAGAACUUAGCCUCAGUAGAUAGUUAUUUCCAAGGUAAGACCAGUGGAUCAAGUCCUCAACAAAGUAUUUUUGGAAAAGAAGUUUUCAAUGGAGAGAAAAAUAUAAAUGUACUAAGAAAUGAUUCCUGGUCCUAUUUGGAAGAAAAAGAGAAACUUCAUAACCUACAGGAAAAGCAUUCAAGGGAAAAUAUGAGCAGUCACAGAGGACAGAAAAUCCUUGUAUGUGACCUAUGUGGGAAAACCUUUAUGCAUUCCUCCUCCCUGAAACUACAUUUAAGAAGACACACUGGUGAGAAACCCUAUGCAUGUAAGGAAUGUGGGAAAGCCUUCAGUUGCCCCACAUACUUCCGAGAACAUGUGAGAAUGCACACUGGAGAGAAGCCCUAUGAAUGUAAGUACUGUCGGAGAGCCUUCACCUUUUACUCGUCCCGUCAAGAGCACGAGAGAACACACACUGGCGAGAAACCCUAUAAGUGUAAGCAGUGUGGAAAAGCUUUCACUUGUUAUUCCUCUCUCCAUGGACAUGAGAGAACACACAGAGAACAGAAACCUUAUGAAUGUAAGCACUGUGGCAAAGCUUUCAGAUGUCCCAAAUACUUUCGACAGCAUGUCAACAUGCACAGUGGGGAGAAACCCUAUGAAUGUAAGGAAUGUGGGAAAGUCUACAGUAUGUCUUCCAGCCUUCGGCAACACAUGAGUACGCAUGCGCUACAAAAACCAUAUCAAUGUCAGCAAUGUGGAAAGGCCUACCCUUGGCAAACCUCCCUAAGGUUACAUAUGAAAGUGCACACUGAUGAAGAACCCCAUGAAUGCAAGCAAUGUGGGAAAGUCUGCAGUAUGUCUACCAGCCUUCAACAACACCUGAGUACACACCUUGUAGACAAGCCCUAUCAAUGUAAGCAAUGUGAGAAAGCAUUCUCUUGUCAAAACUCCCUACAAUUACAUUUAAGACGACACAGUGGUGUGAAACCCUAUGAAUGUAAAGAGUGUGGUAAGGCCUUCAGUUGCCCCACAUACUUCCGAGAACAUGUGCGAAUGCACACUGGCGAGAAGCCCUAUGAAUGUAAGUACUGUUGGAGAGCCUUCAGUUUUUACUCAUCCCUGCAAGAGCACGAGAGGACGCACACUGGAGAGAAACCCUAUAAGUGUAAGCAGUGUGGAAAGGCCUUCACCUGUUAUUCUUCCCUCCACGGACAUGAGAAAACACACAAUGAACAGAAAACUUACGAAUGUAAGCAAUGUGACAAAACUUUCAGUUGUCCAAAGUAUUUUAGAAUACAUGUGAAAAUGCACAGUGGGGAGAAACCCAAUGAAUGUAAGCAGUGUGGCAAAGUGUUCAUUUGCCCCAAAUAUUUUCGGAAGCAUGUGAAAAUGCACAGUGGGGAGAAGCCCUAUGAAUGUAAGGAAUGUGGGAAAGCCUUCAUGGUCCUCUCUUAUUUGGAAAGCCAUGUGAGAACGCACACUGGUGAGAAGCCCUUUGAAUGUAAGCAAUGUGGGAAAGCAUUCAAUUGGCCCACCUCCUUACAAGCACAUAUGAGAACGCACUCAGAUGAGAAACCCUAUGAAUGUAAGCAGUGUGGGAAGUCCUACAAGUGUUCCAAAUACUUUGAAAUACAUGUCAGAAUGCACAGUGGAGAGACACCCUAUGUGUGUAAGGAGUGUGGAAAAGCCUACAGUUUUCCCUCAUCCCUUCGAGAACAUAUGAGAACCCACAAUAGCAAGAAAAUUUAUGAAUGUAAGCACUGUGGUGAAACUUUUAAUUGUUCUAAGUCUUAUCGUGUACAUGUGAAAAUGCACAGUGGAGAGAAGCCGUAUAUAUGUCAGGCAUGUGGAAAAGCCUUUGGUUUUCCCUCAUCCCUCCGGGAACAUAUGAGAACACACACUGGAGAAAAACUCUAUGAUAUCAGAAAGAAACCCUAUGAAUGUAAGCAGUGUGGGAAAGCCUUCAUGUUCCCCUCAUGCUUUCAAAGACAUCAGCGAUCACAUAGUAAAGAAAAGCCCUAUGAAUGUAUGCAAUGUGGGAAAGCCUACAAAUGCCUCGAAUCCCUUCAAGGACACCUGAAGAAACACACUGGAGAGCAACCCUUAGAGAAAACGUAGGCACGCUUUCAUCCAUUUAUAAAAUCUUGUGCACACAAGCAAACACGCUGAGGGGAGUCCUUCUGAGGGAAAAAUGAUGGGAAAACUUCCAAUUUAGCUGUUCCCUAACCUUACACAUGAAUUCAGAACAAGGAGGGCGUCUUUUAUACAUAUGUUUUUGCCAUUGUAAACACUUCAUCCUUCAUAGUAAUCUCUUUGUGUAUUAGUUUCUAGUUUAUGUUCCUGAUAUAAGCAUCUAAGAUAAUGUCCCUCUAU